AUGGAUAUUGGUUCGUUGUUGAAUUCGGAUGAGGAUGAAAGUUCGUCGAAAUUUUCGUUUGCGGCGGAAAACGAAAUUUAUGACCCACUGGUAGAAGCUCACACCAUCCUUCGACUGCUUAACUGUCCGCUAUGCGGUAGAUUACUCUCGGAUCCCGUCACCUUUCACUGUGGAAAUACAUUUUGCCGUGGAUGCUUACCGGCUAAUAUGACAAAUCUUAGGUUUCGAUGUCCAAUCCAAGGAUGUGCUCGGUGGCAUAGUGCCGACGUCGAACCAGAUGUUUCAGUGAGAAAGUUGACCGACAUAUGUCGAAGGGAGAUGCCAGAGUUGAUCCCUCGCGCCACGCAAAGUAGCGUUCGAAUGAAUUCACAGUAUGAGGGCGAUGAGUUCCAGUUUUUGGAGCAACACUUUAAUGAUGAAUGCCCGAGCUCUUCUGACGAAGAAUUUUGUUUUUACCCUGGGAAAUCGGUCUCACCGUGUAAUAAUCCCGGAACUAAUUCCGGCAACACACAACACCUUAAUUUGAUUCGCCUUAAGAAUUUGCUAGAACAGGAGUUGGAAUGCCAAGUCUGUUACCAACUAUUCAUCGAUCCCAUAACUACUCCUUGCGGUCACACUUACUGUAGGCCCUGUCUAACGCGAUCACUGGACCAUAAUGACCAAUGCCCUUUAUGUCGACGUCAUCUUCGUGGCUAUGAUUACUUCUUUAGCAAUCCGAUCAACAAGACAAUCGCAACCUUCAUAACCUCCCUAUAUCCAACCCUGUAUGCUGACCGACGGCAUUCUGCCGAGAGUAGACUUUAUGAUGACAUGCAGGAUGUUCCAAUAUUCAUCACCUCCCUCACCUUCCCAAAGAUGCCUUGUUUUUUAGAAAUAUACGAACCGAGGUAUAGAUUGAUGAUCAGGAGAUGUAUGGAAUCGAGGCAGAGACGGUUUGGCAUGAUGCUAAAACAAGAUUCCGACUAUGGAACGAUGUUGGAAAUUCGGUCAAUCGAGUUCUUAAACGAUGGUCGAUCAUUGGUGGAGACAGUUGGGACGUAUAGAUUCCGUUUGGUCGAAAGGGGAAUGAGGGACGGUUACACUGUAGGAAGAAUCGAAAGGAUAGAUGAUAUUGAUCCCGAGCAAGAACUGGAGCAAGAGAGGGAUGCCAUAAGAGCAGCCGAUAUUAACAACGCUAAUCCCGCCAAUCCUCGCAUACACGAACCAACGAUCUCCGAAUUAAUCAGUAUAUCCCGAGAUUUCAUCGACUCACUGAGAAAUGGAUCGGCUACAUGGCUCUUGCAGCGUCUCAACUCCACCUACGGAGACAUGCCGGAUGACCCCUCCGAUUUUUCUUUUUGGAUUGCUUCGGUAAUUCCAAUAGAUGAAAAUGAAAAAUAUAAAUUGCUGGAAGAAAAAUCGUCUCCCGACGCACUUCGUAUCGCACCACCAGAGUGCAAGUUGAAAUGA